AUCAACCAAACCAACCAGCUAGAGGAGUGUGUUGUUUCCGUGCGGUGGUAGCGGUGAUCACCCCGUCGUAUUUAGCUCCUUUUAGCCUGUGUACCCUGUGUGUGCAUGUGUCCUAGGCGCCUCGCUGCCGUGUUUCGAAGAUACUGUUACUCGUAUGGUGUGCGGUGAACAGGAGGUGCUGAGUGAGAUGGCGGUGGCAGUGCUCGCCGAUCCCGAUAGACAAAAAGACAGAGACAGAGACAGGAGGAAAUUCACAAGCGAAACGCUUCUUCCGACGGCGAAGAGGCGGAGCUCACCUUUACUCGCCGUGCUUUUCGUCCUCCUCCAUGGUCUCGUGGGCCUCCAAGUCGCCGCCAAAAACUCGGAUGCAAUCCGUUGUCCUGACGGCACCUUCCAGUGUCCCGAAGGAAAAUGUAUUCCGUCAUUUCUGGUUUGCAACUACCUGAGGGAUUGUGAAAAUGGAGAAGACGAACAUCAGUCGUGUCCGCCACCCGAGUGCGAUUUGGGGCAGAUUUCAUGCGGUCAAUACGUCUUCAAUAAGACAUACUGCAUACCACCCUACCAAAGAUGCGACAUGACGGUAGAUUGUGUCGAUGGAACGGACGAAGCUGACUGCACUUACAGAAAAUGUCAACUGGACGACUUCAGGUGUGGCGGGACAGCGGGUCCUUGCUUACCAAAGGAAAAAAGAUGCGAUGGUUACCUCGAUUGCAGAAAUGGAAACGAUGAAGAAGGUUGCGUGACUGGAUCCAGACCGUGCCGACUCGAUCAGUUCAGGUGCAAUACUACUCAACGAUGUAUCGAUCUGAAUUUGAGAUGUAAUCACAGAGAUGACUGCAGUGAGAAGUGUACAGAGGAACACUGCCGUGACAACAGCGACGAGGAAUACUGCACCUUUCCUUCGUGCCUUGACAACCAAUUUCGGUGUGCCAAUGCACUCUGUAUUCCCAGUGCUUAUCGCUGCGAUGGACACAUGGACUGUUCAGAUAGAUCGGACGAAGCAAAUUGCACAGCGACGCCCUGUCCAGGUAAUAAAUUCAUGUGCCCAAAGGGUACAUCCAGAGGCACGCCACUCUGUAUCAACAAAUCUCAACUCUGCAAUGGUAAACGAGAUUGCGAAGAUGGUGCCGACGAGGAAACCGCUUGUUCAACAAGUAUCUGCGGCUCCUUGGGUUGCCAAUAUAAAUGCCAAGCUUCCCCAUCAGGAGGUGCAUGUUUUUGCCCUGAAGGCUACGUUGUUGGUAAUGAUUCCCGCACCUGCGUAGAUAAAGAUGAAUGCAAGGAGUGGGGAUCCUGUGAGCAAAUAUGCUUCAAUUUGGAAGGUUCAUAUACAUGUAGUUGCGCGCCAGGAUACAAGUUGUAUGGAAAAAAUCAGUGCCGAGCCAACAACAGUUCGAUGUUGGAGUUGCUGCUGGCUCAGGAUCGGGCGAUAUGGCGUAUGUCGGCUAGUGGAGAUGAGCAGAGAAUAAUCGCCAACACAACAGGAGCUAGUGGCAUUGAUUACCUUUACUCGAAGGGCCAGGUAUUUUGGAGCGACGUCAAGACCCGAAAAGUUCACUCUGAGCCGCUUAACCCGGGGGAAAGGUCAUACAUGCUCGGUGCCGAUAUCGCACUACCAGGUUCAUGGUCCCCGGUUGCAAUCGCAAUCGACUGGAUAGGGGAAAAACUCUACGUUGCAGACUCGGUGGGACAAAAAGUGGACGUUUUUGAACUGGACGGAAGAUAUCAUGGCAUUGCAGUUGGCUCGAACCUAACAAGCCCUGCCGAUAUUGCUCUGGACCCAACCGUGGGACUCAUGUUCAUAGCAGACAGCAAGCAAGUGUUGAGGACAAACAUGGACGGAACUUCGGCGUUUCCAAUCGUUUCAGAGGCAGCAUACAAGGUGUCUGGUGUCGCAGUUGAUAUUAUUGCUUCAAGAGUAUACUGGUGCGACUCUCUGCUUGAUUACAUUGAGACCACUGACUACAUGGGGAAUGGAAGAGUGAUGGUGCUACGUGGAAAUCACGUCCCCUCUCCAAUGCGCCUGACACUGUUUGAGAAUCGUAUAUUUUGGACAGAUAGUACAAAGCAGUCCGUUAUGAGCGUUGACAAAACUCAGGGUAAUUAUUCUAUACAGAGUAUAUUCAAGGCUAGAGACACCAAGGGCCUUAAGGCAUUGCAUCCGCUGGUACAGACCGCCGUUCCAAACCCCUGCGGAAACAACAAUGGUGGCUGUCAGCACAUGUGCAUUGUGACGGCUGCUGGCGGGCAAGAAAGCGGAUUGGGCUAUCGAUGUGCUUGUCACAUUGGCUGGAAGCUGUCUAAAGAUUUGAGAAACUGUAACUUAGUACGGGACUUUCUUAUGUAUUCACAGCAGAGGUUUAUUAAAGGGCGGGUACUAGACCCUGUGACGGAAGGAUUCAGCGAUGCGAUACUUCCUGUUGUUUCGAGAAGAGCUAGAUUUGUUGGACUAGAUUACGAUGCCCACGAUCAGUACAUUUACUACAGCGAUGUACUCCAGGACGUCAUAUACAGAGUUCAUCAGAAUGGGACUGGGCGCGAAAUCGUCCUUGCGAGCCAAAAUGAAGGGGUGGAAGGCCUCGCGGUAGACUGGGUAGCUAAAAACUUGUACUACAUCGAUUCUAGGAAGGGAACAUUGAACGUUCUAAAUACUAAGAAUGUAACAUACCGAAGAACGCUGCUGAAGAAUCUUAAAAGGCCUCGAGCAAUCGUUGUACAUCCUAAUCGAGGAUUUAUAUUCUUCUCCGAAUGGGACAGACCGGCUAAUAUCAGUCGGGCUCAAAUGGAUGGAACAAAUUUGGUGAUUUUAAAAAAUUUGACACUUGGAUGGCCAAAUGGUUUGGCUAUUGAUUUUAAAAAUGACAGACUUUAUUGGUGCGACGCCCUCCUAGAUCACGUUCAACACUCCAAUCUGGAUGGAACUGAUGUUAAGACAGUCAAUUCUAGGCUCAUUCGACAUCCAUUUUCAAUUUCUAUACACGAAGAAUGGAUGUAUAUAACGGAUUGGAGGCUUGAUGCUAUAAUAAAAUUACAUAAAGAAACUGGAGAACGAGAGACUGUCCUUGUGAGAGAACCUGCAACCAAUCGACUCUAUGGAGUGAAAGUAUUCAGUCGCGACAUUCAAGAACGACACACAACUCAUCCUUGUUUUAUAAACAACGGAGGUUGUGAAAAACUCUGCUUUGCCAUUCCAAACAACUCUACUUCUGGCUUUGGGGAUCUUCAUCUCUCCCAUGUGUGCGGCUGUCCAUAUGGAGAAAAACUAAACGAUAAUGCAAGAACCUGCAGUGCUGAUCCCCAUAGCGAACCCCCUGUACAGGCUUGCCCAAACUUGUGGGAUUUUACGUGCCACAAUCAAAGGUGUGUACCUAAAUCUUGGGUGUGCGACGGGGAUGAUGAUUGCUUGGAUAACAGUGAUGAGGAGCAGAAUUGUACAAAACCGACAUGCGCGACACAUGAAUUUCAGUGUAAAUCCGGUAGAUGUAUUCCUAUGACCUUCAAAUGCGAUACCGAGAACGACUGUGGUGAUUACAGCGACGAGACUGGUUGUGCCAAUGUCACUUGCACUGCUGGUCAAUUCACCUGUGAUAAUAACCGAUGUAUCCCAGAAACAUGGAAGUGCGAUUCAGAAAAUGACUGUGGCGAUAGUUCAGACGAAGGAGAAGCGUGUGCCGCUAAAACUUGUGCAUACUUCCAAUUCACUUGUCCAAGAUCUGGCCACUGUAUACCUCAAUCCUGGGUCUGCGACGGUGACAACGACUGCUUCGAUCAUCAGGACGAGAUGGACUGUCCACCUGUGACAUGUUUGAGCACACAAUUCACUUGCGCGGAUAAAAAAAUGUGUGUCUUGGAAUCAUACAAAUGCGAUGGUAUAUCAGACUGUAAUGACGGAAGUGAUGAAGUUGGGUGUCCGACAGUAGAACCCAACCAGUGCAACACGGAAAAACAAUUCCAGUGUAUGAUGUCAGCAAUCUGCAUUCCAAGAAGUUGGUAUUGCGAUGGUACUCCUGAUUGUGACGACAAAUCUGAUGAGCCUGAAUCCUGCGGUGAAGUUCAGUGCCAGACUGGAUACUAUAAGUGCAAUAACUCAAGGUGCAUUUUCAAAGCUUACAUAUGUGACGGGACAGACGACUGCGGGGAUGGAUCGGACGAAGACACCAGUCUUCAUGCCUGUGGCCCUCCACCUUUCAAAUGUGAUUCUGGGGAGUGGAAAUGCCCCAAUGUCACAAACAGGUGCAUCAACGCUACGAAUGUCUGUGACGGUAAGCCCGACUGUCCAAAUGGAGGCGACGAGGGUCUGGGCUGUGAAUUAGAUCAGUGUGAACAUCAAGGCGGACUAUGUACCAACGGUUGCAUGCUGACCCCACUCGGCGCUCAGUGUACCUGUCCAGAUGGUGAAGUAUUGACAGAGGAUGGAUUCGAAUGUGAAGAUUUAGACGAAUGCGAUCCUCCAGGCCACUGUUCCCAAACAUGUGUCAAUACAAAGGGCAGUUAUCACUGUGACUGUGUAAAUGGGUACACUUUGGAGCCAAAUAAACAUACUUGUAAAGCCUUCAAUCACAGCGCAGCUUUCCUGAUCAUUUCUAACAGGCAUACGAUUCUUGUUGCUGAUUUGAAGGACCAGGCCCUAGAGCGGGUUCCGAUAAAUGUCGAAAAUGUAGUAGCUACAGCGAGUAACAUGCAUACAGGAACGAUAUUCUGGUCCGACAUGAAACUGAAGAAAAUAUCGAGGCUAGACCGCGGUUACGAUCCACAGGACGUUAUUUCCACCGGACUAGACCUCGUUGAGGGCCUUGCUUAUGACUGGAUUGGCCAAAACUUGUAUUGGCUCGAUUCUAAGCUGAAUACUAUCGAAGUUGCGCGGGAAAAUGGGACUAACAGGAUCGUUCUCGUUAAAGAAAACAUCACUCAGCCUCGUGGAAUGUGUUUAGAUCCAAGCCCUGGGGCUCGAUGGCUUUUUUGGACUGAUUGGGGAGAGAAUCCAAGGAUUGAACGUAUCGGAAUGGACGGCACAAACCGAUCAAUUAUUAUAAGUACGAAAAUCUAUUGGCCGAAUGGUCUCACCCUUGACGUGACUACUCAGAGAGUUUAUUUUGCUGAUAGUAAACUGGACUUUAUCGAUACGUGCUUGUACAACGGAACGGGAAGAAUUCAGGUUUUAGCCGCAUCGCACUAUUUGUUACAUCCUCAUUCUUUAACGUUAUUCGAGGAUACGUUAUACUGGACGGACAGACAGUUGAAUAGAGUAUUGUCAGCACACAAGUUCAAGGGAGUAAACCAAACUGUAGUUUCUCACCUUAUCUCGCAACCGCUUUCCAUCCACGUUCACCAUCCGGCCUUGCAGCCCUUGUCGGAUAAUCCCUGCGCCAAAUUGCCAUGCUCUCAUCUGUGUCUCUUAUCGCCCAGCAACCCGCUUGGAUACACAUGUAAGUGUCACGCAGGCUACAGACUAGCACCCACUGGCGGAACGUGCAUUGAAGAAGACGUGCCGUACCUGAUGAUCUUGCGGGGCUCGCAAAUCGUCGACGUUUCCCUUACAGCGGGAGAUGUUACCACCGGACUGAUUACGCCCGUAGUUGGAGUCGAUGGCGGUAGACAAAUUGACUUUGAUAGACGUGACAGAAUGAUCUACUGGAUUCAGGGUAGGGAUGGAGACAACGAGAAUGGAACCAUUUAUACUAUCCCUUAUGAGGGUGGCAAUAAAACCGAAUUUCCGAAUCCAACUGGGGACUCGGGAAUUGUCGGUUCUGCCGCAACAAUGGCUGUAGACUGGCUCGGGCGAAAUCUGUUCAUAGGAAAUCGUAUUGCUUCUAACAUAGAGGCAAUUAAGAUUGAUGGUAAGAUGCGAUACCGCUCGGUGAUCAUCGCCAAUACAGGAAACAGGACGUCUGUUGCCAAGCCGAAGGCGAUGUGUCUUGACCCUACGAACGGCCACAUCUUCUGGAUUGACGACGGUGGUUUUUUGGUACCUGUAAAAAUCGGGAGGGUUAAUAUGGACGGGUCUGAUCCCAUGGUACUCGUCGAAGAGGAUUUCAGACCAGAAGCCAUCACAUUUGACGUAUCAACAAAGACUGUAUACUUCAGUUCUCAGUAUCCAGUUUAUAUCAAAUCCAUGACCAGUGACGGGAAAGAUGUGAAAACGAUCUUGUCUGCUGAUAAUAAUAUCGCCCUGCCAAAAUCCAUCGCGGUCUACGAGUCAAGGCUUUACUAUCUCGACCCGAUUUUUGAUAAGAUUGAAAAAGUCGAUUUACCUAACGGAGACAAUGCUCAGGUAAUAAUUAGCAAUGAUGCGGAUUUAAAAACUUUGACAAUUUAUAAAAAACGGGUCACCCGUCCGCACCCGUGCCUUAUGAACAAUGGAGGCUGCGAACAAAUCUGCCUGCCCUCAACGUCAUGGACCAACGUAUGCGCCUGCAGUGUUGGAUACAAGAAAGUGAGGAAUACUGCCUGUGAGUCAUUUAAAACAUUUGCUGUAGUCAGCCAACUGGACGUAGUACGAGGUUACAGCCUGAAGGACGCUAAAGAGGCAAUGGUCCCGAUCACAGGUCCAGGUCAUCACAUUUUACACGUUGACGUUGACUAUGCCGCGAACUGGAUUUACUGGGUAGAAUUCAACCGCGGUAAUUGGAACGGUAUCUUCAGGGUGAGACCAAACGGCACAGAAAUACAGCGAGUGAUAAAAGAAGGUAUUGGGUCCAACGGUAUACGAGGGUUGACGAUCGACUGGGUUGCAGGUAAUCUUUACUUCUCGAACGUGUUCCCUCACGAGAAUUACGUCGAGGUUUGCUGGCUUGACGGUACUAACAGAAAAGUUCUUGUUAAAACAACGACUGAUGCUCCUCGCGAGCUCGCUGUCAAUCCUAUAAAAAAAAUUCUCUACUGGAUCGACUAUGGCCAGCACCCAAAGAUUGGAAAGUCUUAUUUGGAUGGAAGCAAGUGGACACCAAUAGUAACAACUAGAAUAACCACUCCCAGAGAUUUGACGAUCGAUAUGUUGACCCAUGAUGUCUACUGGGUCGAUUCCACGCUCGACAUGAUACAGAAGGUCUCCUACACUGGAGGAAACAGACAGACGAUUCGCCGCAAUCUGCCCAAUCCAAUGGGUGUUGCUAUAUAUGGUGGGGAUGUUUACUGGGUGGACCGAAACCAUGCGGCUGUAUUCAAGGCUGCCAAACUACCAGGCAAUACUUCUCUACCACAGACAGUCCGAACCAACCUUCCCAAGCUCAGAGACAUAGUUAUAUUCGAUCAGAGUAGCCAGCCACUUGAUAACACAAACCCUUGUGUUCAGAUGUCUAAUGGAGGAUGUGAGCAGCUGUGCUUCUCAUUUCCUGUGGGCGAACCGAUACCGUACAAGUGCGACUGUGCAAUUGGAAAGCUUGCUCCGGAUGGAAAGAAGUGCCAAUUCGUUAGCGAAUAUCUUGUUUUUGCAACGCGGACGGAAAUACGAGCUAUUAACUUAAACCCCCAGGAUACAAGCCUUCCGUUUAAGCCUGUAGGUAACUUGACUAAUGCUGUGGGUAUUGAUUUUGAUUAUCAGGACAAGAAACUCUUUUUCACGCAAAUCAGGCCCUGGGCAAAGAUCGCUUGGAUGCACCUCGAGGAUCCAUCUUCAUCUAUGGAGAUUCAUAAGCUAAUUGACUCAGGUAUUAAUCCUGAGGGAAUAUCGUACGAUUGGACGCAGAAGAAGGUUUACUGGACAGAUUCGUCAAACAACAGUAUUUACGCAAUGAACGUCGAUGGAGGUGACAUCAUAAUGAUAGCCAGAGUCGACAGACCUCGGGCGAUUGUUGUCGACCCUUGUAAUGGAUCGUUGUAUUAUACUGACUGGGGACGUUUCGGUACUUCAGGUAAAAUUUUCCGCACAACUAUGGCCGGUUCUUUGAAGAAAGCUAUUAUUGAAAAGGACUUGUCUCAGCCAAGCGGUUUGGCCAUUGAUUAUGACGACCGUAUGUUGUACUGGACGGAUGCAGUGAGGGAGAAUAUCGAAAGGUCAGACCUUGAAGGUCGAAACAGAGAAGUACUUGUAGCAGCGACGAUCUAUCCAUUUGCGAUAACGGUCUUCCGCCAAUAUAUAUACUGGACCGAUCUGCAGCUGAGGGGAGUGUUCAGGGCCGAAAAACACACCGGAGCCAACAUGAUUGAGCUUGUCAAACGGCUUGAAGAUUCACCGAGGGAUUUGCAUAUAUACUCACCAGCCAGGCAACAGUGCACCGUCAAUCCGUGCAACAUUAAUAAUGGAGGAUGUGAUCAAUCUUGCCACCCUGCACCUAACGGAACAGUAGAAUGCAGGUGCAAUGAUAGUAGCAGGCUCGUAAACGAGGGUAGAAUGUGUGUAUCCAAGAAUGUCUCCUGCGAUGCGAAUAAGUUUGCCUGCCGCAACGGACGAUGUAUUUCUAGAGUGUGGGCAUGCGACGGUGACGACGACUGUGGUGAUCAAUCUGAUGAGAAUCCCCAAUAUUGUUCUCAUCAUUCGUGUAGCCCAUCUGAAUUCCGCUGCAACAAUGGCAGAUGCAUCUUCAGAUCAUGGAAAUGUGACCAUGAAAACGAUUGCCGAGAUGGAAGCGAUGAACUAAACUGUACUUACCCACCCUGCGCACCUGGAGAAUUUACCUGCGCCAAUUACAGAUGCAUUCCACAAUCCCAAGUUUGCAACGGGGUAAACGACUGUAAGGAUAACACAACAUCAGAUGAAAUGCAUGAGCGAUGCCCACAGAACUUCACCUGUCCUUUGAAUCACCUUAAAUGUGAGAAAACGAAUAUAUGCGUCGAACCUUACUGGCUUUGCGAUGGUGACAACGACUGCGGUGACAACAGUGAUGAAGAUCCUCUACAUUGUGCUGAAAGAACCUGUCCUCAAACCAGCUUCCGCUGUCCAAAUCAUAGAUGCAUACCAGCUACCUGGUACUGCGACGGAGACAACGAUUGCCUUGAUGGCAGUGAUGAACCAAAAGGAUACUGUGGAUCAGAGGGCAGAACUUGCUUUGGUGACUUAUUCACGUGUGACAACGGGAAUUGUAUUCCCAGAAUUUAUAUCUGCGACGGAGACAAUGACUGUCUUGACAACUCUGACGAGGAUGAUCGACAUCAAUGUAACGACAGAAAAUGUGAUGAAGAAACGGAAUUCACUUGCUCUGCCAAUAAGGCCUGGAAUCGAGCCCUAUGUAUUCCUAAAAAAUGGCUUUGCGACGGCGAUCCAGACUGUGUAGAUGGGGCUGAUGAGAAUGCAACUCUCCAUCAUUGUCAGGAACCUACUCCGUGCGCCGAUAAUCAAUUCACAUGCAAGAAUGGACGAUGCUUGAACCAAGGAUGGGUAUGCGAUCAUGACAAUGAUUGUGGAGAUGGUAGCGAUGAAGGAAAAGACUGUCACGAUAAGUACAAGACCUGCUCACCGAUGGAAUUCUCAUGCCAGAAUUUUAAAUGCAUCAGAAAACAAUUUAAAUGUGAUGGACAAGAUGACUGUGGCGAUCACUCGGACGAGGUUGACUGCGGUAAGGGAAGGAACAGUACCUGUGCAACUCCUGGUGAAUUCAAAUGCAGAAGUGGAGAUUGCAUUGAUCAGCAUUUGGUGUGUAACAAGGUGCCAGACUGCGCUGAUGAGAGUGAUGAGCCGGCACACUGCAAUGUGGACGAAUGUGCGCGAAUUGAAAUGAAUCAGUGCGGUCACAAGUGUGUCGACACUCCGACCGGAUUUUACUGCGAGUGUAAUCAGGGUUACAAGCUCUUGCCAGAUGGAAAGGCUUGCGCUGAUAUCGAUGAGUGUAUUGAAAAGCCGGAAGUUUGUAGUCAGGAAUGCGAAAACACUCCUGGUGGCUUCUAUUGCAAAUGUAACGAAAUGUGGUACGAAAGAGCUGCUGAUGAACACACCUGCAAACGCCGAGACGGUAUCACACCUUGGAUUGUAUUUACUAAUAAAUAUUACGUCCGGAAUAUGUCCAUUGAUGCUUCGAUUUACAAUCUCAUGCAUCAAGAUCUCGUCAAUGUUGUUGCUUUGGAUGCUGAUUACAAAGAAGAAAUGCUUUACUUCUGCGACGUUACUGCCAAAACAAUAUAUAGGGCACCACUCGGUGGCGGAGACAAAGAGAUAGUUAUUCGUCAUGAUAGUCAUGGCUUAGAAGGUAUUGCUGUUGACUGGGUAGGUCGUAAACUUUACUGGCUGGAUAGGCAUUCCAGGCACCUAGAUGUCUCAGAACUAGAUGGUACCAGCAGAAUGACUCUGAAAUCCGAAAUCGCCGAUCCUCGCGCUAUAGUCGUUCACCCUGGCACAGGAUAUUUGUACUUUACGUCAUGGCAUCUUCAGGCUUACAUUGGCAAAAUAGGAAUGGAUGGCAGCAAUUUUACGCGAAUACUAACUUGGAAAGACGAUAUUGCUUGGCCAAAUGCUCUGACGAUCGAUUACUUUACAGACAAAAUAUUUUGGGCUGACGCUCACCUGGAUUACAUAGCAUUUGCAGACCUCGAGGGCCACAACCGACGUAUUGUUCUCUCAGGUUCAUCAGUACCUCAUGUUUUUGCAAUAACUGUAUUCGAUGAUACAAUAUUUUGGACUGACUGGAACCUGAAGCAAAUAAAGAAGGCUGAAAAAUUCUCUGGUGCGCAUUCGACCCUUCUGAGGAAUACAACGCACAGGCCUUAUGACAUACAUAUUUACCAUCCGCUCAGGCAACUACCGUACAAUAAUCCAUGUGCCGAAAACAAUGGUGGCUGUUCACAUCUCUGCCUCAUCUCUCCAUUAGCCAAGUCUUAUUCUAUCGAUAGCUAUGGUCGAUCCGGAGUUACAUCUUUCAAAUGCAAAUGUCCAAAUCAAUAUGUGCUCGGCGAAGACGGUAAAACAUGUCUACCUAACUGCACCAAUGGCCAACACCACUGCGGACCUCCAGAUGAGAAAUGUAUUCCAUGGUUCUGGAAGUGUGAUGGUGAGAAGGACUGUAAGGAUGGAUCAGAUGAAUCGCCAAGCUGCCCGCCGCAUCACUGCAGGCCAGGGAUGUUCCAGUGUGACAAUGGCAAUUGUACACCAAGCGCAACCGUCUGUGACGGAGCUGAUGAUUGUGGGGACAGAAGCGAUGAGUCAAAGUGUUCUCUCGAUUGUCCAGAUUUGGAAUUCAAGUGUAAAUCCAAUGGCCGAUGCAUACACGAUUCCUGGAAGUGCGAUGGUGAUGCUGACUGUAAAGAUGCAAGUGAUGAAGAUCCAAACAUGUGCCACAACAGGCCAUGCGACCCAGAAACUGAAUUUCAAUGUAACAACAAGAAAUGUAUUCCCAAGCUGUGGAUGUGCGACUUUGACGAUGACUGCGGGGAUGAUAGUGACGAGCCAGCAUAUCGCUGUCGACAACAGAAUUGCACCAACGGAUGGCAACGUUGUCCUGGGCGUACAAACUACCGUUGUAUUCCCAAGUGGCUUUUCUGUGACGGAAAAGACGACUGUCGCGAUGGUUCUGACGAGCAGCCUGAAAAUUGUCCAAAGUGCGAUUUGACCACUGAAUUUAAAUGCAGUAAUAAUAGAUGCGUCCCUAAACCUUGGCUAUGCGAUUUCACUGAUGAUUGUGGUGAUGGAGGAGACGAAGCCGAAGCCAUGUGCAAAGACAAGUACAGGAAAUGCUCAGAGUCGGAAUUCCGGUGCACGAAUGGCAAAUGUAUCGCUUCUAGGUGGCGAUGUGACCACGAAGACGACUGCAGUGAUAAUAGCGACGAAAUCGACUGUCAAGAUUUCGUCUGUAAGAAUGACACAUUCAAAUGUGCAAGUGGACAUUGCAUCGCUUCGUACUUGCAGUGCGAUGGCGCUCGAGACUGCCAUGAUAUGAGUGAUGAGAUUGGAUGUAAACCUAGGUAUCCUGAGGGACGUUAUUGUCCCGAGUCUCGAUUCCAAUGUGACAAUACUCUUUGCGUUUCAUUUGCCGACCGUUGCGAUGGUAUUGAUGACUGUACUGAUGGUUCCGAUGAAAAUCCUGCCAUGUGUGCCAUGUUCACCUGCGAUCCAUUAAGGAGAUUCCAGUGCUUGAAUCGCAAGUGCAUACCGAAAUAUCAACUUUGCGACGGCAUAGAUAAUUGUGGGGAUGGUUCUGAUGAAAAUAACAUGACAAUGUGUGCAGCCAAAAUUCGACCCUGCGAUCUUAAUACUGAAUUUCCUUGCGCAAAUAAGAAAUGUAUCGAUAAAUCAGAGCUGUGUGAUUUCGAAGAUGACUGUGGAGAUGCCUCCGAUGAAUUGGGAUGUCAUCACAAUAAACGCUGCUCACAAGACGACAAGGGCGGGUGCUCACACUAUUGCCAUGAUUUAAGUGACAAUGGUUAUAUAUGCGUUUGUUACCCAGGCUACAUAAUAUCUGCUAAAAAUCACAAGUAUUGUGAAGACAUUGACGAAUGUGCCAAAGAUUUGCAUCAUUGUUCCCAACUCUGCACGAAUAUAAAUGGAUCUUAUUCCUGCUCAUGCCGUCAGGGAUUCCAUCUUUCUGAUAAUCUGAGCGGUGUGUGUCGUGCUGAAGAUCCCCAAGUGACGGUAUUGUACGGAAAUGGUCCAGAAAUACGUGGUUUCAAUCUUCACAAACACGAAGAGAUGGACGUCGUCGCCGACGAGGAAAGGGUCAAAGCUCUUGAUUAUGAUCUAAUAAUGGAAUACGUGUAUUGGAUCGAUGGUCACAAUAAUACCAUCAAACGAUCCUACAUGCCUAAUGCCAGAAACGGCAACGUCAAAAUCGGAUACGCCCAGGAUCUUAAUAUAAAGAGUGACUCAAAGCUAACUAAUUUGGCACUCGACUGGAUAUCUGGAAAUCUUUACUGGACGGAAAUCGACUCUUCGGGGACAAGGCCACAUGGGCGCAUUAUGGUGGCAAAGUCAGAUGGUCGAUAUAGACGAAGCUUGGUUACCGUGGGUCUGGAGAGUCCAACGUCGAUCGCGGUAGACCCUGAAUUAGGACGCAUGUUUUGGUCGGAUGCAGGACGGCAGCCUAAGAUUGAAGUCGCGUGGAUGGAUGGAAGCAAGCGGCACCCAAUAGUAACUGAAAGAUUGACCACCCCAUCAGCGUUGGUGAUAGACUACGAGAUGGAUCACACCUUGUACUGGGCAGAUGGUGACGAUAACGUUAUUGAGUCUGUCAGACCGGAUGGCUCGAAUAGGAAGGUCAUUCUGGAGGGCGGAAAUCUUCAACAUCCGAUCUCUUUAGAUGUUUUUGAGAACAAUAUUUAUUGGACAACGCAGAAGGGAGACCUCGUCCAGAGAGAUAAAUUUGGCAGAGGAGUAACCGUCACAUUGUUGAAUAACGUGAAAGUUCCAGCAGGUGUCAAGGUGUAUCAUCCACUCAGAUACAAUAUAUCACUGAGAGAUCCCUGCCACACAGAACCUUGCACUCAUCUAUGCUUGGCCGUACCUAUGGGCCACAGAUGCCUUUGCCCAGACAGCGCUGGACCAAGACAACCUCAUGCCAGCGAAAGAGUCUGCGAUGCUGUGGCCGAACGGCCGCGGCCAUCUCCCAGGGAAUGCCAUUGCCAAAACGGUGGUCUCUGCAGGGUAUCUGUAAACAAUGAACUCGAAUGCGCUUGUCCAACAAAUUUCCAUGGGGUUCACUGUGAAGUCAGUAUUGUUGCUGCUAGGGCUGGAACCUCCACUGCUGCUAUUGUUAUUCCUAUCGUUGUUGCUAUUUUAUUCCUACUUGGAGCUGCGGCAGUAUUCAUCGUUCUGAAAAAGCGACCGUUUGGAAAAACCACAGGCUUGGGCAGUAUAACGGGAUCUCAAAGUGUUUCGUUCAGACAAGGCAGCAACGUCGAAUUCGGCGAAUCUACACCCGAAAGAAUGGAACCUCUGGACGUCGAGUAUAACUUGAAUGAUAUAAACAAUAAGAAUAGGGACUUCAGUAAUCCAAUGUACGACGCAGUAAAUUCUGAUCAAACAGGAGCAGCAACAAAUGGAACAAGCGCGGCCAGUGGUAUUUACGAAGUACCAGCUGAAAUGAAGCCGUCUAGUAUACAACAAAAAGAGCCUCCUCAGCUCCACUUAAAGAGGCGAGAACUUGAUCCUACACCUGUCGAUUCAGGAAAAGAUACGCAGCAAUUAGUCGAGGAAGACAAGUCAGAAUGCUAGUAUACGAUCCAAUAGCUUUAUUGCUUGUACGCGACAGUGGUUCUCACUACUCGUUCUGUCCCGACCAUGAAGUAGCUACGAGAAAAAAAAAAAACGAAUAAAACUGGUGUUACAAACAGCAGCAUGAUUACGUGAAAAUUUCGUUUAGUUUCGUUUAGCUAAGAACAGUUCAUCGUUAGAAUGGGGGAUAUGGAAGUGAAACGAAUUAUUAGAAUGCUCUUUAAUAAGGGAAUAAAAAAGUGAAGAUAGGAGAGUAAAAUAUUGAUAAAUUAAUAAAUUAAUAAAUAAAUUAACGAAAAAAUAAAAGGUGCAAUUCUUUCUACAUGGCAGCUUGUAUAUAGAUUUGUUAUUUGAAGUUGAGGUAUUUGUUAUGUUUUACGAUCGAAGGCAAGAAACCUGGUUGUAAUAAUUUUAUCUGAAUGAUGAUUAGUUUUUAUAUAUUGAUGUUGAUGACUGUCAUACAGAUAAUACGUAUAAUAUUUUAAUUUGCUACUCCUGAUUCGGUUGAUCUGGAAUAAUUUUUUUGAUCAGAUUGUGUCAUUUAAGAAGUAGAUGUGAUUUGUAUAAGUCUUGUAAAUAUAAUUACUACAAAUAUUAUCUAAAUAUCAUGUUAUCCGUGUUACCAUAAAAACGCAACAAUACAUUCCAUUGUUUCAAGAAAAAACGUCACGGUAGUAAUUGGUGUAGAUGUAUGUCACACACAAACGUAUUAUACA